AGUUUUUAUAUAGCCAUCAUGUUCACAUAUAUACUGAAUAUUUAUGGGUUCACAUGACACAUAGGAUGGGAAUACAAGGAAGGGUGUCUGCGCAUGGCACGCAGGGAAGUUUCCCUGAGGCCCUGGUUGAAGAGUUCGUUGCCUGGCUGGCGCAAGGACUUUUUGAAUUCUCCGGACUCCCACCCAGUCUUCCAGUGUGCCUUCCAGCAAGCACCCCAGUUGGCUAGCUUCAGGCCUGCUAGCAUCCAGCCAGCCUCCCAGUGUGCCAUCCAGCCAGCACUCCAUGUCUUACCAGUCGACUGGGAAAAGAAAAUGGAAGGACUUAAAAUUAUUCAAGCUCUGGCAAGACACCAUCAAGCACUACUGAAGACCAAUCUGCAUCAUGUCUGCCAGGUUGUCACAGAUGAGGUGAAACAUGGGCGCUGUUGCGUGGUCUUCGCUCCCAUUGACACCAUUACAGAGCUCCAUGUCCACCUUGGGAAGAACAUGGACCCUGAGGUAGACUGGACAGGCUGCGUCUUGCUGCUGAAGUUGGCCCAAACAACCCAAACCUUCAUUCAUCAGAGGGUUAACUUGGCCCUGGAUGCCCUGGUGAAGGGCUGCAGCCCUGGAAGAGUAGUGAUAACCCUACUCAACUUCGGGUUGAGCCACCAAUGUCAUAGAGUGAGGGAGAGCACAGCGCUGCACCUCCACCAGCUGACGGAAAUCGUCGGGGAGAACUGGAUCGUCACUGCAGAGAGGCAUUUUGCAGAGCGUUUCCUUACUUCUGUCUGUAAGCUGACGCUGGAUGCUGCAACAGAAGUCAGGCUGCAUGGACAGGAAAUGCUCAAGAAACUUGGCCACCAGAGUCAGUUGAAGGCCCUCUGGAAUACGGUUGUCCCAAAGAAAGACAGACAUCACUUGGAGAAGAUUUUAGGGGCCGUGUGGCAGUAGCAGAUGAUGUGAUGGAAUGUCAAGAAACCAAAUAUUUAGGUUAGUGUGACAAUAAACUAGACGGAAGUAAUCCCUCAGGAUAUGUAACUUUCCCUGUCUUUGCCCAGCUAUGGCAUUCUGAAUUUUGUGGCAGUAAACAUGUAGUUUCAUUUUCGGUUUCAUGUUGUUGUGGUUGUGUAAUAUUUUGUGUCAAUGUAUAGAUGGAUUGCAUAUACAGAUCGUCGAUUAUUUAUGGAUCUGUUGGUAAUGCUUUCUGGCUCCGGUCAGGAGGGGUCGCUCUUCUGCCUCAUUAAAUAUAGACGAGUGAAGGUGAGAGAUGAUUGUGGCUUGUUCUUCAU